AGAGAGAGAAAUCGUUGACUUCCUGUUUUCUGAAAGCAUCCGAAUAUGUAUCAUAUACAGGAAGAUGCGUAGCGGAUACACACACGAAUCUGAGCUCUGCUGCAAAUACGGAUAGUUUCCAGCGUUUCCAGCAGCCUGUGCAUCCCCGCAUCCCCGCAUCCCCUCUCCCUGGACCCCGGGUGCUGCUCCGCUCUCUGGCCGGACGGAGCGACCCAUCAGCCGGCCAGAGCCGCCAUCGAGUCCCGGGCCCCGACCCGCGGUCUGAGUCUGUCCGCCUACAGGAAGCUGGAACAGGCUUUGAUCAUCACCACCACCACCAUCACUGUUCAUCUGCAGCAGAUCGGAUGAGUCGCUUUAGGUGACCGCGAUAUGGCAGUGCUGAAACUCGCUGAUCAGCCGGCUCUUGUCCAAGCCAUCUUCAAUGGAGACCCGGAGGAGAUCCGCAUGCUCAUCUACAAAUCGGAGGACAUCAACGCACUGGACACAGAGAAGCGUACUCCCCUCCAUGCAGCAUCAUUCCUUGGCGAUGCAGAGAUCAUCGAGUUCCUCAUCCUCUCUGGAGCCCGGGUCAAUGCCAAAGACAACAUGUGGCUCACUCCUCUUCACAGGGCCGUGGCGUCACGGAGUGAGGAGGCGGUGCGGGUGCUCAUCCGUCACUCGGCUGACGUGAACGCACGUGACAAGAACUGGCAGACUCCUCUUCACGUGGCAGCUGCCAAUAAGGCCCUGCGUUGCGCCGAGCUCAUCAUCCCACUGUUGAGCAGCGUGAACGUGUCGGACCGUGGCGGGCGAACUGCCUUGCACCACGCCGCCCUCAACGGACACACCCAGAUGAUCAAUCUGCUGCUGGCGAAGGGGGCCAAUAUUAACGCCUUCGACAAGAAGGACAGCCGUGCUCUUCACUGGGCGGCGUACAUGGGUCACUUGGAUGUUGUGUGCCUGCUGGUUGAGCAGGGGGCGGAAGUCAGCUGUAAGGACAAGAGAGGAUACACACCUCUUCAUGCUGCUGCCUCCAAUGGACAGAUAGCCGUGGUUAAACACCUGCUCAGCCUGUCUGUGGAGAUAGAUGAAGCCAACGCGUUUGGAAACACGGCUCUGCAUGUGGCCUGCUUUAACGGGCAGGAUGCCGUGGUGAGCGAGCUGAUUGAUCAUGGUGCUAAUGUAAGUCAGCCCAACAACAAAGGCUUCACCCCUCUCCACUUUGCUGCCGCGUCCACGCAUGGUGCUCUCUGCCUCGAGUUUCUGGUCAACAACGGAGCUGACGUCAAUGUGCAGAGCCGGGAUGGGAAGAGUCCUCUGCAUAUGACGGCAGUGCACGGGCGCUUCACUCGCUCCCAGACUCUCAUUCAGAACGGUGGAGAGAUAGACUGCGUGGAUAAGGAUGGCAACACUCCAUUACACAUUGCCGCUCGAUAUGGGCACGAACUCCUCAUCAACACCUUAAUCACUAGCGGGGCCGACUGCACCAGGAGAGGAAUUCAUGGGAUGUUUCCCUUGCACCUGGCAGCUCUAAACGCUCAUUCUGACUGCUGCCGGAAACUUCUCUCCUCAGGCUUCCAGAUCGACACCCCGGACAGCCUGGGCAGGACAUGUCUCCACGCAGCAGCUGCUGGAGGCAAUGUUGAGUGUGUGAAGCUGUUGCUCACCAGCGGUGCAGAUCACAACCGCAAAGACGAACAGGGCAGGACUCCCCUUCACUACGCAGCUGCAAGUCGGCAUUUUCAGUGCUUGGAGACUCUGGUGUCAUGCGGUACCUGUAUUAAUGCCACUGACCAGUGGGGGCGCUCUGCCCUGCACUACGCUGCUGCCUCUGACCUGGACAGGAGGCGACGUGUGUCCCUGGAGCCAGAGAGUCCUGGAGUCCAAGCAGAGAAAGAGAAGGAGGCGGCUCUAUGCCUUGAAUUCUUAUUGAAGAGUGGUGCGACUGCCUCACUGAAAGACACGCAGGGUUACAACGCUGUCCACUACGCUGCUGCCUACGGCCAUCGACGCUGUCUGGAGCUGCUUUUGGAACAAGAGGAGAGAAAUCGAGACGAGGACAAGAACUGCAGCACAUGGAGUCCACUCCAUCUAGCCGCGUACCAUGGCCACGCUCAGGCUCUAGAGGUGCUGCUACAGGGCCACUGCGAUGUGGAUCAGGGUGAUGAAGUGGGCCGCACCGCUCUCUCCUUCGCUGCCCUCAGGGGUCACACGGACUGUGCUCUGACGUUGCUGAACCACGGAGCUUCAGCUCGCUGCAAAGACACGGCCCGUGGACGCACGCCCAUCCAUCUUGCAGUGAUGAAUGGCCAUACAUCGUGUGUGCGCCUCCUGCUGGAAGAUUCAGACAGCGCAGAUCUGGUGGAUGCAGCUGAUUCUCAGGGACAGACCCCUCUGAUGCUGGCAGUGCUCGGGGGUCAUGUGGACGCCGUGUCUCUGCUGUUAGAGCGGGAGGCCAGUGUAGACGCAGCGGAUGAUCAGGGACUGACCGCACUUCACCUAGGAUUGCUGUGUGGUCAGGAAGAGUCUGUGCAGUGUCUUUUAGAGCAGGAGGCGUCAGUGUUGGUGGGCGACAGCAGGGGACACUCAGCACUCCACAUAGCUGCAGCACGGGGACACGCAUCCUGCCUCAGCGAGCUGCUGACUGUGUCCUGUGCAGAGUCCUCCCUCCCUCCUCUGAGAGAUCGCCAUGGAUACACUCCUCUACACUGGGCCUGCUACAACGGUCAAGAGGGCUGUGUGGAGGUGCUGUUGGAGCAGAAAGGUUGUCGAUGCUUUGAUGGGAACCCCUUCACCCCUCUGCACUGUGCUGUGAUCAAUGACCAGGAGCCCUGUGCAACACUUCUCCUGGAUGCAUUGGGCUCGGAGAUAGUAAACUGCAAGGACUCCAAAGACAGGACUCCUCUCCAUGCAGCUGCGUUCGCUGGCCACGUCGACUGUGUUCAGCUGCUCCUUGCCCAUGAUGCUCCUGUGGAUGCCGUGGACCAGUCAGGGCGCAGUGCGCUCAUGAUGGCGGCAGAGAGGGGGGCGAUCGGAGCUGUAGAGGCUCUUCUCACCAGUGCGAACGCAGACCUCGCUUUGACCGACCAGAAAGGCAACACGGCGCUGCACCUCGCUUGCAGCAGUGGAAACGAAGAAUGUGCUUUGUUCAUUUUGGAGAAGCUUCCUGACGCCGCCCUGGUCAACGCCACCAACGCUGCGCUCCAGACACCCCUCCACCUGGCAGCUCGCAGUGGGCUGAAGCAGACAGUGCAGGAGCUGCUGUCUCGCGGUGCCAACGUGCAGCAUAUGGAUGAGAACGGUCUCACUCCUGCUCUGGCUUGCGCUCCUAGCAAGGAGGUUGCUGACUGCCUGGCUCUCAUUCUGGCUACCAUGAUGCCUUUUUGCUCCCCUUGCAGCUCCGACGCUCCCUCUCCAGGCGCCCUGUUGAGGUCUCUUCCCUGCCAUGCCAAGCGCCCUCAGGCUCCACGCAGCCCCAGGGAUCCUUCCGGCCCGUCCAGCGAGGGCACAAACACCGAGAACGACUCGGACUCGGAGACCUUUUGACCUCUGCCCUUUCUGGAGCGCUUCUUCCUUUUUACUUCUAGAGUUCUCACAGCACUUAAACUAGCGGACCUCCCAGAAGAUGUACGAAUAUCCUCCAUCAUCAAGGGUGGAGGAGUGAUUUAUGAAGGCUGGUCUAUGCUUCAUGUCGCGAGGGUGAGGAUGAUGAGACCGUAUGGGAUGAACUUGAUCCUUAGAUACGCGCAGCUCUCGCUGAUGUCGACUACCAGUAGAACGCCAUCGCUACAUUAAUAUCGCAAAGCUCAUCCGCUUGAGAAGCAUAAACCAGCCUUCACGAGAACAUCGGUACACUUCCUGUGUAAAUCUGAUUACACAGAGUCUUUUUAAAGCCAUUCGAUAAUUCAUGUACCUACCUGAUCCAUAAAAUAGAUGGUUUUUUUGUUUUUUUUUACAUUUAAGUUGAUGGAUAAAUUUGCCAAAUAUUGACUCAGCAGAACCAGGUUUAAGGUACGCUGUAUACAGUGUGGGUGACAGCUUUUUGCUCGCUGUUUGCAAGCACAAACGCCAGAGAAGCACAAUGUCCAGUUUCAUAUGUUGUUACUAACAUGUCCUCGCUUCCUGUCAUUUUCAUUCGUUUAAGGACCAAGGACAAUGUUUCAAAGCAAACAAGGAAUUUCCACUAGACUACUGCCGUAAAGCGAUUGGGAUUACACACAGUACUGUGCAAAAGUCUUGACCCUCACUCCGCUUUUCUUUAUAUUUAGCUUGUUGUCUUGAGGAUCGUUUUUUUUUUUUUUGUUGUU